AUGGCCAACAGCUCGCCUUCUUCUGUCAACAAGCACAUAUCGGAGACCUCGUCGAGAUGCCGGACAGAGUGCGUCACCACCGCCCACAACUUCGAGGUGACUGAGUACUCGCUGCUCGAGGGUAUGGGUAUCGGCAAGUUCGUUAGCUCCAGCACAUUCAGCGUCGGCGGCUAUAACUGGAACAUCAGGAUCUACCCUGAUGGGCGGAAGGAGGAGGACAAAGCUGCCUACAUGAGUGCCUUCCUGAGCACCUGCAGUAACCCAACAACAGGUGUCCAGAUGAAGAACACUUUCAGUUUAUUGGAGAAAGAUGGAAAAGUUACUUGUCUGUACAGCGACACACGUACCUUUCGGUCCGGUUCAUGGGGCUGGCCCAAGUAUAUUGUGUGGACGACGCGGUACUCCGCCUCCGCGCUGGAGCGGGACACGGUGGCCUGGCGUUUGGAGGACCAGGAGAUGAGGGAGUCGCCGAGGUGCGCCGUCGACAGCAGAGAGCUUGCCGUGCGUGUCAACAGGCGUGGGCAGUGGCUUGCAGGACGUCAUGUUGGCGCGCUCGAGCAGCUCCUCAGCAUAUUUCUGUUGGGAGAGGAAGAAGCCGUGUGCCGUGCGGGUGACGGCGAUCCCGAGGAAGUAGUGGAGGGAGCCGAGGUCCUUCAUGGAGAACUCGCCGGAGAGUUGGCGCUGCAGCUGUUGAAGAAGCGCCGUCAACGAGGCUGUGAGGACGAUGUCGUCUACGUAGAGGAGGAGGUAGGCGUCACCCGCGCUGCUAUGGAGCACGAACAGCGAGGGAUCUGCGCGAGAGCUGACGAAGCCGAGCUGGUGCGCGAAGGCCGCGAACCGGGCGAACCACGCACGCGGUGCCUGUUUGAGGCCGUACAACGACUUGUCGAGGAGGCACACGUGCUCGGGGUGGUGCGCGUCGACGAAACCCGCAGGUUGUUGACAGUAGACUCGCUCGGCGAGACGCCCGUGGAGAAAGGCGUUGUUGACGUCCAUUUGAUGGACCGGCCAGUUGCGCGUGGCAGCAAUGGUGAGGACGACGCGGAUCGUGGCGGCCUUGACGACGGGAGAGAACGUCUCGUCGAAGUCCACGCCAGGUCGUUGGGAGAACCCGCGCAGUACCCAGCGUGCUUUGUACCGUUCGAGCGACCUGUCCGCCUUGAACUUGUGGCGGAAGAGCCAUUUGCCGGUGACGACAUUGACGCCGGGUGGCCGUGGCACGAGCCGCCAGUCAUGGUGUGGGUUGGGAUGGGCGCGACACGGCGCCGUGGACGCGGGGGCGUGGGCAAUGACGACUGCAUCACAAUCAGGUGCGUUUUGACCGUGAUGAAAGAGCCUCGCACUGAAGAUGUAAGCACAGUCAUGGUUCAAGUCCCGCAGUCGGACCUCCAAACACACUUCACAAACAUGUUGAAUCAUGGAGAAGGCAUGGAUGUGACGUUCAUGAUAGACUCGCGAACUCUUCGUGCACACAGGUGCGUGUUAGCCGCACGAUCCUUGGUGUUCAAGGCUGAGCUGUUUGGUCAGAUGAAGGAGACCACCAAGAGACGGGUCAAGAUCAAUGACAUGGAGCCAGCCAUCUUCGAGGCACUUCUUCCCUUCAUAUACACAGAUUCAUGGCCUAGUAACUGUGAUCUGGAUCAGAAUGCGGAAUUGCAGCACUUGUUGGUUGCCGCAGAUCGGUAUGGACUAGAGAGGCUAAAGAUCAUUUGUGAAGGGAAGCUAUGCCAGAAAAUCGAUGUGCAAACAGUUGCAACCACCCUUGCUUUAGCGGAGCAGCACGACGCCACGCAACUCAAGAAUGCUUGUCUCAGGUACCUUUCUUCACAGGAGGUGCUUCGAGCUGUCAAGGAGACUGAUGGAUUCAAGCAUCUCACAGCAAGCUGCCCAUGGAUUAUGAUGGACAUUUUAGAGAGGGUCGCGCCACCGCAGGGCAUGGUUGCAUCCUCCGCCUUGAAGCAGUAG